AUGAGUACCGAUGGAACGACAGCGGGGCCGGUGCUGCCUGAGGGCUUCGAGCGUGCAGGAGAGGAGACGGAGGAGCAUGGGACACUGAGGGGCGAGGCUGCUGCGGGCGGAGGGGCAGGGGAAAACGACGGAGCGGAGAUUGAGCCGGCAGCUGCGGCGCUACCCAGGAUGGCGGCUGCGGGGAAUCCUGUGGUCGCUGAUGCUGACGUGCCUGCAGCGGAGACCGCGACAGUCCCGGAGAUGAGGCUGGGGGCGGAUCCAGAGUCGACCGCCGAGGUGGCGUUGUCCGCGUCGCCUGCACCGGUAACGCCGGCGGUGCUGGCGGCGGUGGUGUCUGCUGCGACUGGGGAGCAGGGCGACGCCCCGACGGCGAAAGGCGCGACGACUGCCGCUGCGUGCGCCGAAACGCCUGCUGUUGCCGCGGCCACAAGCAGGCAGGAGCUCGGCCAGGCGGAGGGUGAGAUUCCGGGACCCGCGAUCGGCGUUUCGUAUGGCGUUGCUCGAGGGAAGUCGAAGAAGAAGCUGCGGGCCCAGCCAGCGCCGAGACGGCCCGGAGCAGGGCUGGGACCUGGCUCCCCGGGACCCCUCCUGGGCUGGCUUCUGCAAGGGCAACCGCCAUCAGAGCGAGCGCAUCGGUCGUCAUCUGCGCACACGCACGAGGCAAGAGGGGUUUCCGGACUGAAUGAGGCAGCAACUGAGACGACUGCAACCCGUCAAGCAAAGCAGCCGGUUUCAACUCAUGAAAAUGAAACGCGUGUGCACUUACCGCCAAGCCCUGUCGCUCCAGUUGCGGAAACCGUUGCCACUCGCCGCUCGGCUCGGUUGGGCACUGUCACGUGGGGCCCACCAAGGGGAGGCCGCACGCCGUGGAUGCCGGCGGGGAGAGCGGGACUAGAGGCCACGGCGCGGGCGGCGCCGGCAGCAGGCCGGGGUUUCCGCGGUAUGGGCCGCGGAAGGCGAGGGGGAGGGCGCGGGGGUGUCGCUCGCCUGGGGGGAGCCGAGAUCCAAGCACGAACUGGCCCUUGGCGGGAACGUUACGACCGCCCGGAGUGUGUGGAGGCUGCUACCAAUAGGGACGAAGCUGGCUCUGCUGAGGACACCGGAGAUCCUGAGUUUAUGUGUGGAGAGGAAGCGGGCCCAGAGUCCGAAGAGGUUUCUCUGGAUAACGAGGAGGAAGCGGGAAGAGGCCGGAAUCGAGUGAGAGGGGCAGGAGAGGGAGUGGACGGGGUGACAUCCCAUGCUGAAGGAGUGCCUGUACCAGCUGCUGCAGUCACCAACGAAGUGAAGUCGUCGGCCACCCUGGCAGAGGACGACGCCAUCUGGCAGGAGGCGGGCACGUGGAGCUUGGAUCUCCUUCAACGAAUGGACCAACCAUUCCUAGUCAGACGACUGCCGCCCCAAGUGUUGGACAAAUACUGCCUGUGUCUCCUCGCACCUCUCCUGCGGCUGUCAACAAACCCAGAAUGCCCAGGUGCAUGGGCGAUACUACUGUACCUCCCGAGGCUGACACUGCGCCCGCCACCAGAGCCAGUUGCUGGCAGUCGAUGGGCAGCAAUUGAGGCUCGGCUGCAUCAGUUCCAACUGGGAGUUUGGGAUGGGUUGUUCGAGGCUGCUUGCACCAUCCCCGACACGGGUGCCUCGCUAAGGCACCAGGAUGAUGACGAGGGGGUUUGUGCGAGAACGGAGGGUUUGGUUAAAAAAGUGGUCAACUCUCAACCCGCUGCUCCCGCUCGUCCGGAACCUCUACGAUGGCCCCUCGCGGCUUUUAGUCGACCCCCGUCUGGAAGUGGGGCAUAUCCAUAG